AUGGAGGAUCAGAGGCCUGAGCUCAUUCCCUACUUCCACAGCAGCCAAGGCCCCGCGGAGGCAGCGGAGCCCGUGAAAGUGGCCUUUCGGCGCGAGGACACCUAUGAGAGGGUGAGCAGCCACCCGCUCCGGGUCUCGGGCCCGGCCCGCCUCCCAGGUGGGCCCGUCCGUCCGUCAGAACCGCUUCCAGUCCCCCUCCGCCCGCCAAAGCCCACGUCGGAAGGACUCUGGACCUUGGGCCUCAGCCUCGCGUCUGCUCAGGCCUUGAGCCACCCCGUCUGGGCGAGCCUCUGGCCACGGGACUGA